CAUUCUCACAAAAAGCGAAAUCUUACCUUUUCUUCAUACAGCCCUAUCCAGGUUUGUAAAUUAACUUCCACCUUCUUUUUGGUUCUACUAAUUACCACUCUCACAUAUCAAGUCAUCAAAUUUCUGCAGGUAAGUAGUAUAUUUGAUGGAAAGAUCAUCAACAAGCGGCUGCGACGAGUGGAGCGGGCUAAAGAAGGGGCCAUGGACACCGGAAGAAGAUCAAAAGCUCGUUGAUUGCAUCCAAAAGUAUGGACAUGGAAAUUGGAAAGAGGUAUCGAAGCUCGCCGGACUCAAUCGGUGUGGAAAGAGUUGCCGGUUAAGGUGGACUAAUUAUCUACGACCCGAUAUCAAACGAGGAACCUUCUCCGAGGAAGAAGAACAAACAAUCCUCGAACUUCACGCACUUCUUGGAAACAAGUGGUCAGCCAUAGCAAGUCGUCUACCGGGACGAACCGAUAACGAAAUCAAGAAUUUCUGGAAUACUCAUAUGAAGAAGAAACUACUUCAAAAAGGGAUUGAUCCAGCUACUCAUAUGCCUAGAACUGAUAAUCUCCUCAUCAAUUCACUUGCAAAUAUUCCACCUGAUCAGCUUCUUGCAGCUGCAAACAGUAUAUGCAUUAACAAUGCUCUAGCAUGCCAAUAUUCAACUACUGCUAGAGAAUUUGCCAAAAUAUUGUACUUAGAUAACAUAUUGCAAUUCUUAAACGCUGAUACUGGUACUGGUACUAGUACUAGUACUAGUAUUGAUCAACUACAUCAACAAUAUCCUACUCCAUUAAUAUUGGAUCCACAGUUAGAAGCAUUGCUACAUAGUAACUCGACCCCGUACCCUCAUGCUCCUGCAUCAACUUUCCCAAACUUAAACGUUUCUCAAACUAUCUUCAGGCCCGAAGUUGAAGAAACGUCGAUAAAAUCUACUCAAGUACACAUUAAUGGCACCAAUCAUGAAUAUGGGACAUCGGCAUCUUCCUUUCAUACUAGAGAUAAUUAUUCGAUUCCAGAACCGAUUCCGGCAUCCUCCUUCGAGCAGCCUUUCAUCGUGAAUACGGAUGAUCAAACUAAUAAAAGCAAUAUCAUAAGCCCAAAAGAUCAAUUCUUAAACUCAUCUACCUCAACCACUUUUGAUGCUUUGGGAGAUCUUAUGGAUGAUGAAGCAAGCAAGUACUACUGGAAACAAAUAAUAGACCAAGACGCUUCCUCGUAGAAGCUGCAGCUAUCAGAUGAUACAAAGAAAUUCAGAAAGAUUAUAAAAUUCGGUUUAGUCUUCAAUAUUUGAUUGUUUUCUGUUAAUGUAUAAUCUCCAACUAAUAUGUUGUAUCUAGCCAAAGAGUUGGCAUUAAUUCCACUAAUAUUAUUAUUUCUUCCAAGGUGAUUGAUGA